CUAAACCUUCCAUCAGUUCAAAUCGGCGGCUCCUCUUAGCAAUCGAGCACCGAUACAUCAGACCAGCAGCUCAAAAUGCUAUAAAUUCAUAACGAGAGAGAACCAAGACAAGGUCAAGUAAGCAAGCAGCAAUGGUUAUCUCUCUUCAACUUGGACUCACCCUUUCUUUAGCAAUCAAUAGUUUGAUCCAAAAACCAUAACUUUCUCCCCUCUCGAUCGUGUUUUCAUGGGAACAACAGAGCUUACCCAAGCACUCCUCAAAAACACCAAAAACCCAAAGCUAGCAUGGCAACUCUUCAAGCGGAUUCAAUCGUCACAGCCCAAUCCCUCUGUUCUUUCAUCAGUACCCACCAUUGCCCGUAUACUUAUCCGUUCCAAAAUGCUCCUAGAAAUCGAUCAACUUCACCUCCUCCUCUUAUCCUCACAGUCCCAACAAAAUCCCCUCCGCUCCCUCAUUUCCAUUGUCAAUCUCUUAGCUAAAUCGGGUUUCUUUGAUAAAGCCUUUUCCCAGUUCCAGUCCAUCAGAACAAACUUCCCUCAAAACCCGCCUUCCAUUUGUUCGUACAAUGUUCUCUUUGGAUGUUGUAUUAAAGAAAGACGCUCCGAUUGUGUGCUUUGGUUGUAUAAAGAUAUGGUCGUUGCCGGUGUUUCUCCACAGACUUAUACUUUCAAUCUUUUGAUUUUUGGGUUGUGUGAUUUGGGUCAUUUGGAUGUCGCCCGAGAAUUGUUUGACAAAAUGCCUGAGAAAGGUUGCCUGCCUAAUGAGUUUAGUUUUGGCAUUUUGGCGGGGUAUUGCAGAUUCGGCCUUGUUUAUAAAGGAGUGGAGCUUUUGGAUGAGAUGAAAGGUCUAGUUUUGCCAAAUAGAGUUGUGUAUAAUACAUUGAUUUCGAGUUAUUGUAAGGAAGGUAAAACUGAUGAUGCUGAGAAAUUAGUAGAAAGAAUGAGAGAGGAUGGUUUGUUUCCUGAUGUAGUUACAUUCAAUGCUAGAAUAUCCGCUCUUUGUAAAGCGGGUCAAGUUCUCGAAGCAUCAAGGAUUUUUAGAGAUAUGCAAAUAGAUGAAGCAUUGGGACUACCUCGGCCUAAUGUUAUAACCUAUAAUCUGAUGCUUGAGGGGUUCUGUAAGCAAGGGAUGCUGGUGGAAGCAAAGAACUUGGUUGAGUCAAUGGAGAAAAAUGGUGAUUUGAUGAACUUGGAGAGUUAUAAUAUUUGGUUGUUGGGGUUGCUAAGAAAUGGAAAGUUGGUAGAGGCUCAACUGGUACUUAAAGACAUGGUAAAUAAAGGUGUAGAACCUAAUAUUUACUCGUACAACAUUGUGAUGGAUGGUCUUUGCAAGAAUGGGAUGCUUUCUGACGCAAGAAUGGUGAUGAGUUUUAUCAUAAGGAAUGGUCUUUCUCCUGAUACAAUAACUUACAGCACUUUACUACAUGGCUACUGUUGUAAAGGGAAGUUAUCCAAAGCAACUGAUAUUCUAAAUGAGAUGAUGAGAAAUGGUUGUAUCCCUAAUACUUAUACUUGCAAUAUUUUGCUGCAUAGCUUGUGGAAAGAGGGGAAGAUAUUAGAGGCGGAAGAGUUAUUGCGAAAGAUGAAUGAAAAAGGUUAUGGUGUGGAUAUUGUGACCUGCAAUAUUGUAAUUGAUGGUUUGUGUAAAAGUAGGAAGUUGGAAAAAGCUAUGGAAAUCGCCGAUGAGAUGUGGACACAUGGAAGUGCUGCUCUAGGUAACCUUGGAAACUCAUUUAUUGGCCUAGUUGAUGAUGUUAGCCGUAGCAUGAAAUGUACUCCUGACUUAGUUACGUAUUCUAUCAUAAUUAGUGCUCUAUGCAAGGCUGGAAGGAUAGAUGAGGCUAAAAAGAAAUUCAAAGAGAUGAUGGGUAAAAACUUGCAACCCGAUGUGGUUAUUUUUGAUACCUUCAUCCAUAUUUUCUGUAAAGUAGGAAAGAUCUCUUCUGCAUUUCGAGUUCUCAAAGACAUGGAGAAAAAAGGGUGUAAUAAGAGCAUACAGACUUAUAAUUCACUGAUACUUGGCCUCGGAAGUAAAAGUCAAAUAUUUGAGAUUGGACUAGUCGAUGAGAUGAGAGAAAGAGGGAUUACUCCUAAUGUUUGCACCUAUAAUAAUAUUAUUCGAUCUCUUUGCAAAAAUGGGAAAAUCCAGGACACUUCGUCUAUCUUGGAUGAUAUGCUGCAGAUGGGUAUAAACCCUAAUAUUUCUUCCUUCAGGAUGCUAAUAGAAGCUUUCUGCAAGGCAUGUGAUUUGGCAGCGAAUGAGUUAUUCGAGAUUGCUUUAAGUAUAUGUGGCCAGAAGGAAGCCUUAUAUAGUUUAAUGUUCAAUGAGUUGCUUGCCGGAGGGCAAGUGUCAGAAGCUAAAGUGGUCUUUGAAGCUGCGUUAGAUAGAUCUUUUCAUCUGGGCAAUUUCCUUUAUAAGGAUCUUAUUGAGCUUUGUAAAGAUGGGAAGUUAGAGGAAGCUAGUGGUAUUUUGCACAAGUUGAUUAUCAAAGGAUACAGAUUUGAUCCUGCAUCAUUCAUGCCAGUGAUUGAUGACUUGGGUAAACGAGGAAACAAGCACGAGGCUGAUGAACUUGCAGAGAAGAUGUUGGAGAUGGCUUCAGAUGGUAGAGUGGAAAACAAGAUAUCUCGAAAAGCAAAGGAAUCAAUCCACAGAAAAGGAACAAAGUAUGGUGGAGAUGACUGGCAAACUAUAGUGCACAAGGAUGACGGAAGUGAAAUCGCUUUGAAAUCCCUUAAGCUACAGAAAGGUUGGGGUCAAGGAAGUAUACCGAGUUUGCAGUCCCAGAAAAGUAAGCUUCUUGAUUACUGGUGAAGUUGGUGGUUAUGUUCCCAUUUCUCUAAAGAUAUGUGUGGAAGCUACUGAUGAUUAACCAAGGAUUAAUUGCCAUUCAUGGAGGAUUUCCUAUGACGUGCACUUGUGAAAAAUAUUCAUUUUAAUUUUGUAAGCUUUGAAAGUCAUGGAUGAAGGCAAAUGAUGCGGAGUAAGUUGUGGUGUGCUUAUUGAUUUCAGUAAAUUGUCUGCGCUUGUGAAGCAACUGCCUAAUUGCACCUUGUUUCCGUAUUUCUGCAGACGGAUAGCAAACUAGUCGGUCAGCAAGCUGGUUUAGAUUUUCUCCGUAGAGUAAAAAGGGUUGCGCAACACAACUUGGGCCAAAAGCUAAACCUUGCGUGCGGCAGUCUCACUACCGAAUGGUGGUCUCACCGUUUCACCAAGUUUAUAAGGCCAUCAUGAAAACUCAUGUCCAAAAUCAAGCUUUUAGUUAGUUCACACAAUGGAAAACAUUUACAGAGCAUUCAACAUGGAACUAUGUCGGAACAUUUACAGAAUCUUGUCUCGGGUGGCAGCGAUGUAGUGGAAUGCAGUCUGGGAGGGUGAAGUGUGAUUGUCAUGUAAGCAUUGCAUCGAGUGAGAGGAACAUGCGCGAUGUUUUCUCGAGCAGGUCAGCUUUGUUGAGUAUUCGAAGGAAAUUGUUUUUCUCAGAGGUUUGAUGGGGUGGCUCUA